AUGAAGCUUGCAAUCGACCAUCGUGACACGACUUCCUUUCGUGUAUUCCAUCAGCCGUUUCUCCAAGAAAGGCUUGGCAAUUAUGCAUUAAUUACCAUCGCAUUCGACAACAUCUUGAAAUCAGGACUCCGCUCCAAGUUCCAGCAGCAACAACUGCAUCUCCUCACGGCAGCAACCUCGCAAAUCAGGUCAUCCGAAGAACCCCAUCCCCAGCAGCAGCGAUCCUUGCGUCGAGUGGCCAGUCUCGAGCACUUGCUGGACAGUCCUCAUCAGAAUGAAACGCUCUGUGACCCAGCAGCACCCAAAGAGACGCAAAAGUCCCUGAGCAUGGAGGCCCUGGCAAAUAGUCCGUGUCCGAUUUGCGGUCAGCAGGACGAGAACCUCCCGCCUGCCAGUGCGACGAGUGCCUCAUCGUCAUCCUCGACAGUGCAGUCCAUCAAAAAGCUUUACGAACACCGAAGCCCGGCCAAGAACAACUACAAAAACACGCUGCAGCGGAACGUGAAUGUGCCCAAGUCCACGUUGCGAACCCGUCUGGACUUGUCUAAUAAUAGCAAUAAUAAUAAUACUAAUAAUAAUGGUCAAAAGCCGAUGAUUCCCGCAAAGCCCAAAAGCAUCGCGGGAAGCAAGAAAUCCGUCAUCGUCGACGCUCAAAUGACGAGCGACGACAGUGACGACAAUUCAGUGGGAUCGAGUGCUGACGAGAGCAAUGAGGUUUUGGUGAUAAAAAAGCGGGUGUCCAUGUCUGCCGUGGAAAACAUCCGUGCCGGUGGAACCACAACAUACUUCAAUUUUAACUCGUCUGCCGAGUCCAACUUGAAGCAUUUGCCAUCAGCAAAACAAGUCGGGGUCAUUCGUCCGAUAACAAAACUCGAGGCUGCUCAUAACAAGAUCAACGACCACUUGAGCAAAUCGUCGUCCGAGAAGGACGCCAAUUUUCUGAACAAAAUCCAGGACGAGUUCGGCAAACAGCGCCAUCUGCAGGGUCAGCAGAAAGAAACUAUCAUCAUUCCGAAGAGUGAACUAGAGCCGAUUGGCAGCAUUAUUUUGAAGACCAGAUCCGGAACUAAUGGUAAUCAGGAGGCCAUCAAGAAAAGUGGUCCCAAAUCAGAGAUGCAGUCCAAGCCACAUAAGCCGGAAGAACCGGAAGUCAAUAAAAAAUCUUCCCAUAUGAAGAAAAUUGAAGCAAUUGUUAAAACGGUAGUUUUGAAAAGUGCUUCGCCGUCUGGGCAGAAAAUUCCUUCGAAACUUUUGGAAACCUCGUCAAAGUCUGACGCUGCUCAAUUGAAAACAAGUCCCCAGCAGCAGAAAAUCGUUCCGACGUCUCCAAUGAAGAAUCAGUCAAACACAGCAGGAAUGUCGUCAAAAUCCGAAGAAAUUCCAGCAAAACAGAUUUCGCAAAAAGUUGUUUCUCAACCACCUGUGCCAAAAACCCCGGCGCUGCCGAAAAAAGAAGCUCCAAUCGUCGAUAAGCCAAAAUCGCCGCCUGGUGGUGGUGGUGGUGGUGCAGAGAAAUCUGCGGCUGCUGUUGUGCAGAAUCAGGUCCAAUUGCCAAUUGCAACGUCUUCGCCGAAAAGUGAGCAGAAAGUGUCGAAUUCUGCUGGAAUGCCCACAAACCCUGGUUUCCAAAAGGCCGCAAGCAGCGAAAACGUACCGCUUUUAAAUCGUCCCUCGUCUGCGGUCACGCCGAAACAAACUGCCAAUAAAUGGCAUCAGCAGCAGAACAACACACUGCAGUUUAAUUUCAGCAACCGGGAGUACGUUCCAGACUACAUUGAAAAUGAUGGACUGGACUUGUCCAAACGGGCAGCAAAGAUAGUGGAUACCGGCGUAAUUCGACUGGGUGGGGUUAGUGGCGAAAGCGGUACAGAUGAGGAGGACCAGAUUUUGGCCCGACUCACCAUUCGUCCACCAUCGCCAUGCAACGUGGAUUUCAUCAAUGCUAACAUUAUCAUUGCUGGCAAGUCGUCCAUGAAACAAGGAGUGUCAAACAAAAAAACAAAGGCGAGUCUCCACGUUCCUUGUCCAUUCAUUUCCGUUUCCCCUGCUGUCUCAUCAAACUGGGACAAGUCUGAGCAUGAGAAGUACUCGCGAAAUUUCCCGACGAGGUGCUAA